AUGGGGCCUUUUCAGCUUGCCCGUGCCCCUCGGCCUCGGGGUUUGCGCUCCCCCUACCGCAGGCCAGGUGUGGGUUGGCCUCGGCCCAGGUUUCCCAAGAUGUUCAAGUGCAGCCACAGAAGGUACCGGCAGAAACUCCAAGGCCCAGCUGCCACCACCACAGCCACCAAUCUUGCUGCCAUGGCCAGGGGUAUCAACCACAGCCACCCUGUCACCACCAGUGUGUGGAUCCUUCCAAUGCAAGUUCUCAGACGCCUCUGUCAACCUGGCAGCUUUCUGAUCCUCUAG